AUUAUCAUAUUUUGGAAAAACACCUUAUCAGUUGAACUAGAUAAAGCAACGGUAACAAGGGCUUUUAAUGAACAAGUCGAAUGGUUUAUAGCAAACGGCGUCGAGAACGAGCAGGAGAAGGCGAAAUAUCUAAAGGAACAAUUUCACGCCAAUCGUGCUCGUUUAGAAUUUUUUGAAUCACAGAAAGGUGGUCGAGUAUAUCUUUUCUGGGAAGAGGAAAUGCACGCCAAAAAACUUGACAUAAUUGAAAAAAACGCUUCUAUCAAGAUCCGAAGCUUUCAAGCACAGCAUCAUUUCUUUGUUGCAAACCGUAUACUUACCGGGGGAAAUAACAUAUCAGAACCAAAUCCUCCUAUUAAUGGGUCGGAGAGCGAAAAGAUAAGAUUCGAUGACAAUGUUGCUAAUACUUCUUCCAAAGGCACUAGCUCAGAUAGGGUCGAUUCCACUGAAAGACUUCGGGCGAACGAAAAGUCAGUUUAUGAAAAUAACUUGAAAAGAAAAAGGGACGAUGAUGAGUCGGAUUAUCAAGGGUUGACGUUAUUAUUUGAUGAGUCAAGUGAAGACGCUCUUAUAGAAAGUAUAGACGAAAAAUUACUUGAACAAGAGAACAAAUUGCCACGGGCAAGUGGUAAUAGCUCCUCAAAGGUUCGACAAAAAAUUAUGGAUGCGAACAUCAUUGAAGCCUUUCAGAAAUAUGAAAAUAAAAUUCCAAAAGCCCGUAGGAUUUUCACACCUGCAUAUUGGGGAGUUAUGGAUUUAACCAGAGAAAGUUUAUUUGACUGUAAACAGCUAACAGAAGAGGAUAUAAUGCAAGUGUCGCAAGAAUUCGCCGAUAAAAUUUCCUGGAAAACAAUACCACCAGAAAAGAAUAUACAAGAAUAUUUUGAUAAUAAUUGUGAGAAAAAGAUGAUUGACAAUCAAGAUAUUAAAAAACUAGAUGUAAACAUCCAGUUUAUGAAAAGCGAUGUACAUAGUUUCCAAGGAAUGAUGACGGAGGAAGAGCUAAAAAUGAGCUCUACGUUUCCGCUUUUUCGUGGGGUAUUUAAUUCCGAUAAGAUUAAGAAUGCUUGGGGAGAAAUUCAAGCUUUAUCUACAAAUGACGCGCGUAACGAAGGGGGAAAUCCGUUUAAAAAAGCACGAAUAGGAAGACGUGUUGAUAUGAAAAGUACUCUCAUCAAAACAUCUAAUAAAUUCGAAGUAAUUUAUGGAGAGGUUGCUGGGGGUUUGGGCCCGUUUGGAUUGCCCACUGCAUGUCGUAGAAAGCGUUAUCUUGAUAAGGAACGUAUGAAUUUAAUUGUAUAUGGGUGGCUCCAAAUAGGUCUAGAAGUGAACUUCUAUGCCAUGGACUGGUUAGGAGCCGGCAUAUACAGAUUUGGCUUAGUUGAUCGAUGUAGAUUACCAUCAGAUGAGGAUGAAUUUGGGAUGCUUGAAGAUUCGUAUUGCAUCCUCAAGUUACUUGAGAAUAAAGUGCUUGAGAUUGAGAAAGUAGUUAAAAAAUUACUUUUAGAAAACACAAAGGGGAAACGAAGGCAAACUACAUCCAGAACUGAAGCGGAAUUGAAUGAAAACCGCACCCCUCAAAAAAUAAAACCAAAUCUAUACAAAUUGGGAAAUGUAUGGUAG